AUGAAGUUCUUCAUCCUCGCCGCCGUCUUCGCUAUUGCCGCCGCCGAUUCCUACAGGUCCGACGAAUACGCACCAAAGUAUGUGGCUCCUAAAUAUGAAGCUCCCAAAUACCACUCCUCUUCGUACGGAGAAGUCAGCUAUCAGGCUCAACCUUACGAGUUUGGGUACACCGUGAAAGAUGAAUACUAUGCUGAUUUCGGUCAUUCCGAGAGAAGCGAUGGCAAAGUCACAACUGGAUCUUACCGCGUUCAACUUCCCGAUGGCCGCACUCAGAUCGUCACAUACAAAGCUGAUAGCUAUGGCUACACUGCCGAUGUCAAGUACGAAGGCGAGGCCAAGUAUCCCGACUACGUGCAGUCCAAAUACAACACAUACUCUGCCCCAGCUUACGGAGCUCCCGAAUACAGCGCUCCGGCCUACAAAGCCCCAGCCUACACCGCCCCAGCCUACAAAGCCCCAGCCUACACCGCUCCAGCCUACAAAGCCCCAGCCUACACCGCUCCGGCCUACAAAGCCCCAGCGUACACCGCCCCAGCCUACAAAGCCCCAGCGUACACCGCUCCGGCCUACAAAGCCCCAGCCUACACUGCUCCGGCCUACAAAGCCCCAGCGUACACUGCCCCAGCCUACUCCGCCGAUUCCUACAGGUCCGACGAAUACGCACCAAAGUACGUGGCUCCUAAAUAUGAGGCUCCCAAAUACCACUCCUCUUCGUACGGAGAAGUCAGCUAUGAGCCCCAACCUUACGAGUUUGGAUACUCCGUGAAAGAUGGUGAAUACUACGCUGAUUUCGAUCACUCCGAGAAAAGCGAUGGCAAAGUGACAACCGGAUCUUACCGUGUUCUGCUUCCCGACGGACGCACUCAGAUCGUCACCUACAGAGCCGACAGUUACGGAUAUACCGCCGAUGUCAAAUACGAAGGCGAGGCCAAGUAUCCCGACUACGUGCAGUCCAAAUACAACACAUACUCUGCCCCAGCUUACGGAGCUCCCGAAUACAGCGCUCCAGCUUACAAAGCCCCAGCCUACACCGCUCCAGCCUACAAAGCCCCAGCCUACACCGCUCCAGCCUACAAAGCCCCAGCGUACACCGCUCCAGCCUACAAAGCCCCAGCCUACAAAGCUCCCGUCUACUCUGCCCCAGCCUACAAGGCUCCCGUCUACUCUGCCCCAGCCUACAAAGCUCCCGUUUACUCUGCCCCAGCCUACAAAGCUCCCGCACCCGUCUAUUCUCCUCCCCAGUACAAAGCUCCUGCUACCCCUGCUCCCGUUUACCCUGCACCAGCAUACGAAGCUCCCGAAUACGAAGCAACCACCACUGCUGCCCCAGCAUAUGAAGCUCCCGAAUACUGA